UGCAUUUCUCACGCAGAGAGUCACACUUUGCGGUAUUAUCACACAGUACUCUCACAUAAAAGAUCAGCUCAGCCAGAAUUCUUUGUAUCUGGAUACCUGGAUGAUAAAGAAAUUGUAAAUUACAACAGUGAGUCUCAUAUGGCUCUUCCUGUGGCUCUGUGGAUGGAGGAGAAUGAAGGACCCGAAUACUGGGAAAGAGAGACACUGGAUUUUAAAGGCAUGGAACCUGUAUGUAAGUACAGUGUGAAGGCUACAAAGAGUCACCUGAACCAGACCCGAGGAGUCCAUUGCUUCCAGGUGACUUUUGGCUGUGAGCUGAAUGAUGAUGGCAGCACUAAUGGGUAUUGCCACAUUGGGUAUGAUGGGAGAGAUUUUGCCUACCUGGACACACAGAGAUGGAUCUAUAUCCCGACCAUGCCCAAGGCUGAGAUCACUACACAAGAAUGGAACAGCCCUGGAAGCAGAGCUGGGGAGAGAAGGAAGAAUUAUCUGGAGAAUAUCUGUAUUCCAAAGUUGAGACAAUAUAUCCAAUAUGGAAGAAAAGAGCUGGAGAAAAAAGUGCGCCCAGAGGUGAAGGUGUGGGGCCGUCGUCAGUCCGAUGGUGUGACCAGACUUCAGUGCCUGGUGUACGGGUUUCACCCCCGACCUGUGGAUGUGAAGUGGAUGAGGAAUGGGGAGGACCAUGUUCCUUCAGAUGAAAUGACUCCAAUUCUCCCCCAUCCUGAUGGCACCUAUCAGAUCAGAGUCAGUGUGGAAGUGCCAACCAAGGAGGGAGACACUUACUCCUGUCAUGUGGACCACAGCAGUCUGGGGGAUGAGACUCUCAGUGUGAAAUGGGAACCCGACAUGAGACCAUGGACCAUUGUGAUUGUUCCUGCCAUCAUCUGUCUUCUUGUUGCUGUAGCUGUUAUUUGUGGAGUAUUUCUGUACAAGAAGAGGAAGAAUGGCUACAAGACCACCAGUACUUCAGAUAGAAGUUCUGACUCAUCCAACCCAAGAGACUGA